AUGUUUCUCGUUCCGCGCUAUCUUACUCACUUCAUUAUCUAUCUCUCUAUCUACCUAUCCUACUAUCUUCAUUAUCUAUCUGUCUAUCUAUCUCUUCAUUAUCUAUCUAUCUAUCUAUCUAUCUUCAUUAUCUAUCUAUCUAUCUCUCUAUCUCUCUAUCUGUCUGUCUAUCCUACUCUUUUCAUUAUCUAUCUAUCUAUCUAUCUAUCUAUCUAUCUAUCUUCAUUAUCUAUCUAUCUCUCUCUCUAUCUGUCUGUCUAUCCUACUCUUUUCAUUAUAUCUAUCUAUCUAUCUAUCUAUCUAUCAAUCAAUCUAUCUAUCUCUCUUCAUUAUCUAUCUAUCUAUCUAUCUAUCUAUCUAAUCUAUCUGUCUAUCCUACUCUUUUCAUUAUAUCGAUCUAUCUAUCUGUCUAUCUCUCUAUCUAUCCUACUCUUUUCAUUAUAUCAAUCUAUCUAUCUAUCUAUGCUACUCUUUUCAUUAUAUCUAUCUAUCUAUCUAUCUAUCCUACUCUCGUCAUUAUCUAUCUAUCCUACUUUCUUCAUUAUCUAUCUAUCUACCUAUUCUUUUCAUUAUAUCUAUCUAUCUAUCUAUCUAUCUAUCUAUCUAUCUAUCUAUCUAUCUAUCUAUCCUACUCUAUUAUGCAAACAGCGGAUAACCUACCCAUCGAGCUUCUUUCUUUAUUCGAUAAAACCCGGAAAAAAGAACACUCUCUAUCUAUCUAUCUAUCUAUCUAUCUAUCUAUCUAUCUAUCUAUCUAUCUAUCAACUUCCCUCACCCCUUUUUAAUAUCGUGGAUGAUGGCAAUAAUAAAUCAAUCCCAUAUGCUCUCUCCCUCUUUCUAUCUCACUCUCUUUCUUUCUCUCUCAUUUUCUCUCUCUCUCUCUCUCUCUCUCUCUCUCUAUCUAUCUAUCUAUCUAUCUCUUUUCUCUCUCUCUCUCUCUGUCUCUCUGUGCAAAGCUUACUCUCUAUUUCGAAAACAUAUGACAAGCACACUCGCCAUUCUUAUAAAACACGUGUAAAUGUACAAGUGCUCUUUUCUCCUCGUCUUUCUACGUAA